AUGGUGCUGCAGGUUGUACGACCGGUCGAUAACCUUGAGCGGUACAAUGUCACUCGUUCAAACGUCAACAUCUACAACAACGUCUCCGUCGGCAUCUCUGUCCACUCUCCCGUCACCCUCCCUUCCCACCAACGGGACUGGGCUCAACUCCUCCUUAACCCCAUCACAACCCUCCUUGAACGCCAUCCGAUCCUUGCGACUGUCGUUGGAGACCAUCUCACAGGACACCCCGUCUUUCUGCGACUCCAGUCCGUUGACCUCUUACCUCUGAUCCAAGUCUACACUGCUUCGUUUGAUUGCAAUGAAGACAAUAUGACGACGAUUGCGCAGGUGCUGGAAGAUGAACAUAAUAAGCCGUUUAAUCUCGCCGAUCAGGCGAGGCCACUUUGGAGACUCACUUUCGUUCCGAUCGGAGACGAGUCCUUCUGUUUGAUCUACACUUUUCAUCAUGUCAUUGGGGACGGCCGGUCUGCGAUGGCGCUCACCGAACAACUCGUCGAGCAAUUGAACCUCCAACUUCAGUCGGCCACUCCUUCUCCUUCUCCUUCUCCUUCUCCUUCUCCAGCAUCGUCAUUCAAGAUCCCAAUCGUCCCUGAUAAGCCCAUCCCAGCAUCGAUCGAAUCCCGCAUCAACUGUUAUCCAUCCAUCCGAUCCCUCCUCUGGGAGGCCUCACGAGCCAUUUUCCUUCCCGGGUUUAUCAAGAAGGCUCUCGAGACUAAGUACUGGGCGGGAGAGAUUGAUAGCUCGUUGGAGGUGCCCAACCAGACGGAGGUUGGGUUUUUAAGGCUGACUCAGGACGAGACGCAGGCAGUAGUUCGGGUGGCCAAGACGAGGGCGACGACUGUUCAGGCGAUCUUGUAUACGGCCUCGAUCUUUGCUGUCCGGUCCGUCUUCAUGUCUGGGUCUACGAUGGAUGAGAAGUUGGAGGGGUGUGCAGCGGUGGAGAGGAAUGAUGAAGAGGCACUGGUGUUUGCGACGCCUUGUUCACUCCGCGAGCUGAUCCCCAACCGAAUCGGCGCCAAUGAGCAAGGGAACUAUGUCUCUGAGAUCCUGCACGACAAUAUCCAGGUCAAGGAUAGGUCGGGAUUCUGGGCAAUGACGGACGCGUACCGCAAGGAGGUCGUCGCAGGGACAACUACACCCAGAGGAAUACAGGAUCUGUUGGAGCACUUUGGAGCGCUUGCACUGUUGUCCAAGAAGGAUGGCAGCUGGGAGAAGUUUAUGACCAGUAAGGUCACGAAGGAUCAGCAUGGUCGGAAAGCUAGUGUCAAGCUGUCCAACCUUGGUCGUGGCUGGAGUACUCCUUCAACUUCUGGUACUGUCGCCACUGGUGGGGCUUUAUACACAAUUCAGGACGUAGUAUUCUCACAAUCCUCGGGCGUUACGGCUUCGGCGUUGACGAUGAGCGCCGCGACGGCUAAUAGUCGUUUGUCGAUCUCGACUACCUGGCAAAAGGCCGCGUUCCAUGGUCGAGCCCGUGGAGAGAUGUUUGUUGCCGAGUUCAAGCGAAUCCUUCUUCUUGUUGCUCUUCAGCAUGCCGAUACCCCUGAGCUCUCCUAUCUCGAUAUCUGCCCUCGACACUAG